AUGAAAGUUGAUCUACAAGUAUAGUAUUUGCAUUAGAUUCUUUCAUCAAACUAUUUUUCAUGCAAGUGAAAGUUGUUUUAUGGUUCCAGGAAGAAACAUUGCGUGGUGCCCAAUUCCUAGUAAAUGCUUUUCUUUGAACUGGGUUAGAACGAAACGAAAACAUACUUGAGAUGUUGAAAAUUUCUUUGGUCGAUAAACCAGAACUAUAAAAUUAUUUAGAUAUAAUUAAUUACGGCAAUGUUUUCAAUGAAUAAAUGAAGAUGUUUCUUGAAAGAUAGCCAUGCAUGGAGAUGCAAAGAUAGCCAUGCAUUUAAUCCUAUUUCAUGCAGAGCACUGAAUAGAAAUCUUUAAAACGUCGUUAUUUAUUUCAAUUUUAUUGAACAGGUAGAUUCAUUUUCCAUAGUUUUCAUCGAGGAAGGGUUAUAUUAAAAUCUUCGCGGCUUUUAAAAGUGGCAUUCGACUUUUCGAGGACGCGAAAUCGAUGUAAAAGAUACAUUAAUUAACCCGACGGGUGAACGUGCCUGACGUCCCAAAAGCACGUUUAAUGUACUACCCCGGGUAAAAUACGAUCACAUGUUUUAUUGCUGCUACGUGUAGUAGUUUAGUAUAGAUUGCACGGUUUAACUCUUUUAAACGAUCUUUCAGGUAGAGGGUGGGUUUUCAAAAAAUUUUUAUGCAUGCUUUUUAAAUAGAAUCUGUAAAUUCAUUAACCCAUGUACAGUACAUAAGCAGUAUAUUAAUAAUACAAGUAGAUUAGUGCUCUUUUAGUGAUACAUGCAGUAAACCACGUAAUUCAGUUAUUGGCUGCAAUGUGGUAAAAUUUUUAAUUAAACUAAUAAAAAAAUAAUAAACUAGCCUGCGAGCAGGCUCACUGGGAGAAAGGUGAGUGGAUAUUCUCGCUGCGAACACAAGACACUGUGUGGGUUUUCUCCGGGUACUUGAGUUUCCGGCCCACCAGGAAUGUGACAUGGACAGGGUGGAUUGGGAUUAGUUCCUUAUACUGACUUUUUCACCGUAACCACAGAAUAAGGCACACAGAAGGGCCCCCUGGUCGCCAUCUUGCUAGCCAGUCGAUUACAUUUUCUGGCCAGUAAACGCGCUGUAUUGGCUGAAGGCCCCGCCUUCUGGCCAGUCAACUGCAUAUUUUUGCAUAGAAAAAUGGUGACACGUUGCAACGCUGAGUGGCCCUUCUGGUACUGAUCUUUAUUCUGUGCCGUAACUGCGCUCCGUGAUCAGAUAGGAUUCAUGAAGUGGCAAAAUUUCCUUGGUUUACUAAAACACAACUUAACAUGCUCUUCCUUUCUGUUCCUUAAAAUGUUGUUCACUUUUCUUCUUUUCUGUUCCUUAUUUAGGUUCUUAGAUCGGAUACUGAAUACGUAGACCCGAAAUACAAGGACUACAGCAACUACUACAGCUUGAGCGACCAUGACACUCGCACAUUGGUCGCUUAUUGUGAAGCACUUUCCCCUUCAUUCCUGGAAGACAAGUGUUUCUUUCGCAAUGAUGCAUAUUGUGCUGGAAAAGAUACCGGUAAUCACUUUCUCGAUAUUUCAUCAAAAGAAGUGACUUUUGCAGCCGCGGAAUCUGUUAUGGUCUUGGGAAGAAAGGCUUUUGUGACCAAGGUCAUGGUUUACUCCAGCUCGUGGAAAAGAAAAAAUUAUGAUAACCCGUUGUCCGAAGUGAAGAGAAGUUUCGCACCUUCCCCUGUCUACACCACAAGACGCCGAAGCAGUAGCUGUAUUAUCAUAUAA